AUGCAGGGAAAUGCUCUGGUGCACACUACUGCAAAAUUGGCAUUGUGCUCAGGCUUUUUCCAUACCUACUCCUACUGGAGACAGUUGCAGACGAAUCCUGCCUAUCUGAUCGACUUCGGUGCAGAGAAGCACGGUUUGGAGGGCCGCUGGGAUCAUUUCCAGGUGAAGGACCCCCGGCUUCCGGAACACGAAGAAGGUCUUCCUCUGCUUCCACAGCUUAGAGAAAACGAGUAUGGCAGCGCCGGAAAGGCCAAACUCCGCUAUGGACCCGACGGCCAGGAGAUGGGCGAUGUAGACAUCUGA